AUGGCGGACUCUACCCUUGUCAAGACAGCCCAAGUCUCAGCUAUCGUGGCUGCUGCCGCUGCCUCUGGCGGCAUCAUCUCCAUCUCCAUCUUCACUAUCCCGAGUCUCCUCCUCAAGCGUGCACCAUCCGCCAACACCCGCACCGCAACAACCCUAGCUGCACCAAUUUCCCACAUUGCACGCCAAUGGCAGUACGCCUACGACAUCGGAAAGAAGCUUUUCCCAUCCAUGGCCGUUACCUCCAGCCUUCUCUACUCAUUUGCCGCAUAUACUCUCGGAAAAGAACGCGGCGCAACAUGUCGUCAGGUGAGCCUGCUAUACACCGCAGCCGGUCUGAAUAUCAUGAUCGCACCGUUUACAUUAUUGGCCAUCGUGGCGGUUAACAAUGUCAUUGCUCCGUAUACGACGGGGAAGCAUGACCUUCCCGUCGAUGCGAAAGAGGAUGCACAGUAUGAGCAGACUGAGAAGGAGUUUGUAGGCCAGCUGGAGAAGUGGUCGUUGCUCAAUGUGAUUAGAGGGUUGUUCCCGUUGGCGGGCGCUGUGCUGGGUGCUGCUGUUACCUUUGGAUUGUUGUCUUGA